AUGAUUCGUGAUCCACCGGCCAUGCACAAACCAGACAAUCCUACAAGUCAACAAGAAGACAAUAAAUAUGGGCUCAACAGCAGCGUCGUUGGUAACACUGGUGGAGGGAGACUAUGCGCACAGUGCGGCAAAGUCAUCACCGAGCGGUUCCUAUUAAAAGCCAUGGAAAGGUUUUGGCAUGAAGACUGUCUCAAAUGCGGCUGCUGCGACUGUCGGCUAGGUGAAGUGGGAUCCAAGUUGUACUACAAAGCUGACCUCAUGCUGUGCAAAAGAGAUUAUCUUAGGUUAUUCGGUGCCACUGGCAAUUGUGUGGCGUGCAAUAAAGUAAUUCCCGCCUUCGAAAUGGUUAUGCGAGCAAAGAGUUUUGUUUACCAUUUAGAGUGUUUCGCCUGUCAACAGUGCAAUCACAGGUUCUGCGUGGGUGACAGAUUCUAUCUCUGUGACAACAAGAUUCUCUGCGAGUAUGAUUAUGAAGAGCGACUGGUUUUCGCCAGUAUGGCGGCUAAUCCUACUGGAUUAGCUCACAUCCGGCGGCAAGUCAGCGGACUACAGUCCCCAAGUGGUGGUUACGUGGGUGGUCCAGGUUGCGCGGGAAACGCAGCGGCGAUAGUGGAUAAAGACAACGGCGGUUGCGCGGGCGCAGAUGACGCCUCCAGUGGCUACGGCAGCCCGCCUGACCCCGACGUAUGCGAUGCGGCACGAUGA